GUUCUUGCUUUGUCAUGCUGUCUGUUGAUUUACUGAUUGAUUUUAUUGUAGAUUUUAUGUCAGUUGUUGGGUACAUAUAUUGUGCAACAUCACAUGAGCAGGAGUGCUGUUGUAUUGAAUAUUAGACCGGCCACACUAACCCUCAGGUAAUGACAGCCAUUCUGAUGGUCAUUACAACGGAAUGGUUGAGAGUGAAAUUUUAUUUUUAUACAGUUUAAGAAACAAAGUUAAUACUGAAUUAGAAACAAUGUUUUUGUUUUGCUUCAAUCUAAGUAUAAAUGGCAUUUUUACUUUGUGUUAUGCAGCAUCCUUUCCAAAUUGUAGCUGGUUAAACUGAAACAUUUGGAUGUAAAAGUGAUUCCAUUUCAAUUUCGUAUAUUAAUUUUCAGUGGCACUGAGAAUUUAGUUUUCUAUACUGUCACUGUUCUAUUACACCACUGGUGUAAAAUCAGAAUGUAAGUUUGCUGACUUCUGGUUAUGGCGGUGGUGUGACAAGUCGCAGAUUUCAACCCUCGUGCAUUAGGCUAGAAUCAAUCCUUCUAAACCCACUUAAGAUACUUAAUUUAAGUUGGUGGAAUAGCUAAAGUGAUUACUAAAACAAUGCGUCGAAGAAUAAGAUAAAAAAUAAAGGGAGAUUGGAAGCGGAAUCACAAAUUAUGCCAUCCAAACCUGAACGAGCACGAAGAGACGGAGGAUGAAGGGGGGAGGCCUCAAACGAGAAUCCUAGUAACACGGAGAUGAUGAAGGCCUUUAAAGCAAUGGAAAGACAAGUAAGCGGCAAGGUGGAUGAAAUUCUUUCGGCGGUCGUGGAUGUCAAAGAGAGAUUGACAGAGGCAUAGGAACGAAUUUCAGGGUCAGAGGACGAAAUCGUCCAAUUGAAGGUCAGAAAUUAUAUGCUGGAAAAACAGAUGAAAUCAAUGGCUGAUAAGGUAAUUGACUUGGAGAACAGAAGUAGGAGGAAUAAUCUUAGGUUGGUUGGGUUGCCAGAGAAAGAAGAGGGAUCGGAUGCGUGUGCUUGUCUGGAAAAGUUUCUACCAGUGACUUUGGAGUUGGGAGAAUGUGUUACACCAUUGAUAAUAGAGAGAGCCCAUCGAAUACCCAGCUCAGGUAAAAAAAAAUGGACAAGAUGGUAAAGUGCAGCCGAGGACUGUCAUAAUGAAGUUCCUAAAUUUCAAACAGAAGGAACAGGUUCUAAAGGCUGCAAAGAGUAAGGGAGCAAAUCCAUACAAAGGUUCCAAUCUUCGUUUUUUUUCCGGAUUUGUAGGCAGAGCUUCACACGCAACAAAAAAAAGUAUGAUGCUAUCCGUGAAAAAUUGCGUGACAAAUGAAUUAACCGACACAAAGUAAUCUUUCCUGCUCGAUUGCUUCUUACACAUGAUGACCGUACUAUGAUCAUGAACAGCCCAGAAGAAGUGGAGAAAUUUAUGCAGCAGGUCGAGGACAAGUGAACUGAGAUAUCGAGUCCAGAAAAAAUGGAUAAAGAGAUGCAACAAAUUGAGAACAAGUAAACUGAAGUAUUAAUGCGAGGUACUGAGGACUAAAUUCUAAAAUUGUAGUUUAUUUUCUUUGUCGGCAGGUUGUAGCCUAUAUACGUCCAAAGUAGGUAUUUAUUUUUUUUAAUAAGGGUAACAAGUUAAUUAUUUGACUUUAAGUUAAUUCAUUUAAGGUUCAGAAGAGGGCACUUUUGCUAUAAUAUUUGAAAAAAGAAAUGACACAGUGAAAGUUUGACUUUAUUUAAAGAUAAUAGUUUGAAGAUAGUAGCCUAUGAUAAUAUAAUGUGUAUAUAGUUGGAAAGAUGUUACUUGGAGAUAUAAGUCUGAUAGAUUGUCAGCGUAUUUCUUUUUCUUUUUCCUCUUUUCUUUGAGGUAAUAGUAUUUUAUUUGACAAGUCAUGGCUUGGUUAAAAUAUGUGGGUAUAACAAUGGAUAAGAAGGUUGAAACGGUAACGAUGGAUAGAGGUGUUGGUGUUCAUUUUUUUUUAACAACAGAACAAAUAGGAGAAGACCAUUUAAGUCGAGUGUAGGGCAGGGGGUUACUGAUAUAGAUGGUAUCAGUGAAGCAUGGAAAAUGCUGGGGUAAGUUCAUAUUUUAUGUUAUUUGUUUUGUUUUAGUUAUUUUAGGUUUGGCCUCUUAUAUUUUGGCAAAUAUAUGGUUCAAGGUAAUGAGGACGGUUAAAACAAAAAAUGGCACAGGUAGGAGGGAUUAAGCUUUUAUCAUGGAAUUGCAGGGGGCUGGGAAAAUAAAAAAAAAGUUAAGCAGGUGAUGACUAGAAUUAAGCAGAUACAGGCAAAUGUGGUAUUCAUGCAAGAGUCACACAUGACUAAGGAGGAAGUGAUCAAAAUUGAAAGAAGGUAGCAAGGACAGGUAUUUUCGGCAUGUUUUACUACACAAGCCAGAGGGGUAAUUACAUUAAUACAUAAAGCUGUGCCAUUUCAAGUAAAUAAUGUUAUUAAGGACCCAGCUGGCAGAUUUGUGAUUAUUCAGGGAAGAUUGGUAACAGAGAUAAUACAUUUAGUAAAUAUCUGUGGCCCUAUAAGGAUGACUCUAAAUUUUAUAGCAACAUAUUUCUGAUGGUGGCUGCAUUACCAGGUCAGGUUAUAAUGGUGGGGGAUAUGAAUUGUACACUUGAUCCAGGAAAAGAUAGAUCUACGGGAGUUGAUACCACACAUGUGAAUUCUAGAAAACAGAUUCUACAUUUUAUAGGAGAGCUUAAUCUAGUGGAUAUAUGGAGGCAUCUUAAUCCAAAACAGACUGCAUAUUCAUGCUAUUCGGCAACACACCAAACUUACUCUAGAAUUGACUACUUUCUUGUGUCAGCCCAAUUGCUUUCAAAAUGUAUAGAUUGGCAUUAUCUUAGUCAUGUCUGGUCAUGCACCAGUGGCUUUGUCGUAUGUCGAUUCAAAAUUAGUUAAAGAUCCCCUAUUAACAAACUCAAUUUUUGAGAAUACAGUGGUUGAAAGAUGGGCUUCUUUACCGUUGUCUUUAAUAGGAAGAAUUAAUAUUUUAAAAAUGAAUAUUUUACCAAAUGUUUUGUACCUAUUUCAGAAUAUUCCGAUCACACCUCCUAGUAAUCUGUUUUCUAGGCUUAAAAAGUUAAUUAUUAAAUUCAUACGGAACAAUAGAAGAUCCAGAAUUAGAUUAUCUCUUUUAUAUUUACCAUUUGAUAUGUUGGGGGGCUUCAAUUUGUAUUUAACUAGAGCAAUGGCAAAUAUCCUUUCCUAGUUCCUUUAAAAUAUCACUUAAUUAAUUAUUCUGCUUAAACUCAAAUAUGGGGUUUCCAUUUCCUAUUCCAUGAUUGCUGGUGAAAGAAACGUCCAAAUGAAAUCUGUAAUAAAAAUCACAGAUACUCUAAAGUGAAAAUAUGCUCGUUGCCCCAGGCACAAUCACACUCUACUACCCAUACACUGGUCUGGAGCACAUCAACCCAAAACUUUCAAUAUUAACAUUGUUCUCUGAAUCCAUCUUUGUUUUCCUUGACAAAAAGUCACAGCUUCAGAAAUCACAGAGAGAGAGCAGCAAACUGCACCGACAGCUGGAUGAGGUGCUACUGAAGCUUGAGCCUUUAGAGAAGCAAACAGUGGAGUAUGAACAGAUGAAGACAGAGCUAGAGAAAAUUAAGGCUGAAUUGAAAUUGUAUCAGCAGAGAUGUGAAGAUGUUGACCAACUAAGAGCUGAAAGUGUUCGGACACUUUCUCUGAAAGAAAAAGCUGAAGAAUCCUUAAGACAAGCAGAGGACACUGUGCAAAAGCAAAAACUGGAGAAUGAGAAGCUCGAAACAGAAAUAAAAUCACUGAAGGAGGAUCUGCAAGAAACUCAGGAUUCUCUCAGAAAAUAUGUUCAGACCACUGAGGAACAUGAGAAUCUCAAGUUGGAGAAUGCCAAGACACUAAUUAUGAAAGGAAACCUUGAGAAUGAGCUUUUGGUGCUGAAAGAGUCAAAAUUUCAACAGGACAAUGAAAUUGGUGUUCUAAACAAUGAGAAGAGAAGACUUGAAGAAGUGCUGUACAAAACACAGCAAAGACUGAAUGAUCUUGAGAAGGAGUUCAACAAAGAAAAAAAGAGUACGUCUUCUCAAACAGAUGCAGAGCCACUAAUUGACAAAGGAAAAGUCAGAAUGCUGCUGGAGGAGCUCUGGCAUUGCGUGGAAACUUCAUCCCAAACCCAAGAAAGAUUGUUUAUUGCUGGAGAAGAGGCAGAUCCCUUGAAAAGUCAACUUACAAGAACACCUCCUCAACCACUGCUAAACUGUCCUUUAGGAAGACCGACUUCCCAUCCAUCUCCAGGGUGUCCCAGUCCAGAAACUAAGUUGCAAUCUUCAAAACUCUACACACCUAAAUCACCUCCAGCGAUCAAUAGGCCUACAUCAUCACCUCAAAAACUGAAUAAGCAGAAUAAUGAACAGUUCAGUGCACCAAAUAGAAAGAGGAAAGUAAGUUCAGAUGUGCUUGAACAUGUGAACACUUGGACCAAUGAUGCCAAUAGACCUUCACUAAAGGAAAUGACAGAUGAAGAUUUCUUACAUGGAGAUUACUGUAUUGAUUUGCAGGGCAUUAAAGAGUGGUUAAAGCCUUUGCCCACAGCUUUAUCACCUGUGCACAGCCCUUUAAUAGAGAUGGUCAGUGUAAAUGACGACCAACCAAUGACCGAUGCUGAACUGGAAUAUCAAUCAGAUAAUGGAACACCAGAAGCACUGUCAAGGUUACAUAAAUAUAUUCUUCAAAGCAACACAAAAUUAGAACCUUCAGAUGUUGAGGAUCAGAGGUCAUUGCUAAACGAAGUGGAAAAAUCUUCUGUACUGUUGUCCCCAAAUACUCAAGGAAGAUCAGCUGUAUCUGUUGAUAAUUUAGAUCUUGAAAACACUUUGUCUGACAGCCAACACAUGGAGGUAGAGAAUGUGUUUGAAGGAACGAAUGCCUGUGUGGCCAACACUCAGACUCAAACUGCAAAGUCAGGUAUAGAAAAUGGACAUAGUGUGGAAAGUUCUGUUGUAAGUGACACGACACAAACUGUGGUAGAACUUCCAAUGAUGAAUCCAAAUGAUGACGCAACAAAAUUGGAGGAUACAAAAAUCACUAAUAGUCUUGAAAAGCUGUUGGAAAACUCAGAUCCUCAGCAGGAUAUAAACUCUGAGCUAGUGCUCACCAAAUCUAUUGAAUCUACACAAAGCAAAACUUCUCUGGUACAGCCCAAUGUGACAUUGGAAACUAAUGUCAAGAGCGUUUUAACACUUGAUGUGAACUAUAGUACGUUAGACAGUAUUGACAAUAAGGAAUCAAAGAGUUGUGUUCCACUAGAAAUGAAGACUGUUGCAGAUAUAUCAGCUCUUGACAUUCAGAACAGACUGGCUGGCAAGGCGGACCAAUCUGAAUAUAGUGCUGAGGAUAAUGUUUCAACGUCUAUAGAAGAUCAGAGAAGUUUGGAUGCAAGAGUAAAUGGAGGUGCGUGCCCUUUAAGACCCUCAAAGGCUGCAGAAUCGUCAUCAGAAGAUGAAGGAUUUUUUGGUUUGAAGAUAAAGGUUAGGGGUGUUCACACAAGGUCAGAAGGAAGAAUCCCCUCAGAAGAGUUGGAUAAUGUUCCUGGAAAUACACCGUCAGAAAUUGACAAAACUGUUCAAAAGUUACUGAGUCAAGAAAAUAACCCUAAGGAUACUGAAGAAAAUGAUUCGACUAUCUCAGAAAAAACAUUGGUGCAAAUGAAUAAUGAAUCUCAACAGGCAGAGGAGAUGUCAACUGAUACCUGUAGCCCUUGUGUCAAAAAUCUAGUCAGUGAUGUUUAUAACCACAAGGAAACAUCAGGAGAUUCUGCAGUAGAUAGUCUUGAGGAUACCAGCACACCAUGCCAAGGUACUCUGGAUGCAGAAUCUUCUACUGCUGAAAACGGUGACAAUAUUUCCCUUGCUCCAGGUCUCCACACCCAAACUCAUAUUACACCAACCUCAUGUUUAUCUCUUGGAAGGGUUCGAACAGAGAUGGGUCCACCCCUACCCCCAGUGGUUAUGCCACUGACUGCUACUCCUCCAAGGUUUGGAAAACAUAAUACUCCUUUAAAGCCUAAUUCAAUAUCCUCUGGAUUACCAACAGAUGGACCAAUGUCUCCUAAGACAAUACCUUCUGUGCCUGUUAUUGAUUCAGCUCUUCCGGAUGCCUCAAAAAUGUCUCCGUGCUUGACCACCACUCCAUCGCCGUCUUGUGGAGUUCCCUCCUCACCACUUCAGUUUGGAUCAGCUACUCCAAAACAUGCUGUUCCGGUCCCAGGAAGGCUGCCAUCAUCUGCCUUAUCCUCCUCCCCUCCAGCCGCUUCUCAGGAAAACUCCAUGCAGAUGCUGGAUACUAUGUAUCCUGACCUCUCUGCACGAGCCCGCACAUUAAACAUACUUCGUGGGAAUGUUAACCUGACCCGAGCUGGCAAUGAGAAUGGUACCUCCCCUCCUUCUGUUAACCAGAUAUCAGGAAAUAAAACAAUCAGUUCUUCAUCUACUGCCUUCACCAAAACAGAGCAGAAGCCAAAAAAGACAGGUGUGAACAUACUUUUGCCAAAGAGUGCUAAAAGACUCAGACUUGAUAACUGUUCACCUGCUCCUCCUGGUGUUGAUUUUCCUGCAGAACAAGUGAAGGAUCAUCAAUCGGUUAUUAAAACAGAGUCCUUCCAAUCUCACCAAGAAAUACAAAGCGGUCAGCAGACAAUUGAGAAAAAGCCAGACAACAACAAAAAUUGUAAAAUCUCGGAAGCACUGGCCAAAGUUGGAAUGUCCUCUUUUGAUGUUUUGCCUGUUGUUAAGAGCCAUGUGUUCCUUGGGAGAAUAUCUCAGGUGCCAAUUUUGAUUGACGAAGAAAAGGCUGUAAUUGCUGAAUUCUGUGUAAAUCAGUUUUCAGCAGAAAAACUCAUGUCUGCCAUAUUGACUAAACUAAAGACUGAGAGGAGCAUUCUGAGUUGUGGAAAUAUACAAGCUCUGUGUAGAGUCUACACUGGGAUGUGUCGCCAGAUAGGGGACUAUCAGAAAGCCCAUGCCUUUGCAUACAACAUUCUCAAAGAGGAUUUUCCUGAUGCCUCCAAGCUAAUUUUGUUCAUGGUCACAACAUGGCCAAGUGUGCUUUUCCAUGAGACCACCUUGUGCAAAGCCAUUCAUACAGUGGCCAAGCUUAAAUCAGAUGAGGAAAAUUUGGAUUACCUAACUAAAUAUCUACACUGGGAUAAGAGUCCUCCUGAUGACAUCCAAGAAUUGAUCAGCAACACACUGAAGGCACUUCAAGAGGACAACGCUUUGACAUUCCAGAAGUAUGAUCGUCAUGGUCACGACCUUUGCCCAACUGCUUGGGAAUAUAUAUAUACCUUGGAUCUCUUGUGUACACACAUGAAGUGGAAGUGGACGCAUGAUUAUGUUAUUGGCAAAGAGCUAUGGCCCGUAAUGAACACUUGGGUGACACAGUCAAGGCUUCAGCAAUCCCCAGUCCGUGAUGUUACUGUAGCAGCUGUUCUGCGAUUGAUCGGACGACUUGGUCAGUUAGGAAUGAAGCAGAAGCUAUGCAAAUCGGUCCAAAACGUUGCAAAAGCUAUAAACCUUUUUGGAAAACAUGGGAUUACAGAAGGUGUGCCUGAGGAGGUGCAGUUGUCUGCUGUCUAUGCCAUUUAUGACCUGGCACCCUGCAACCCCAAAGAAUCCCUGGAGGCUCUGGCAUCAUGGCGAAGUGAAACCACACAGCCAGUUCCCGCUGCAGUGACCAGCUGCAUCACUCAGAUUGGCUCCCUUUGUCGUCAGAUUAAAUCCUGAAACAUUUUUUUAUACUGUUUUUGUACAUUCUUUUUUUAAACAACCCUCAAGCUGUGACUGUGCUCUGGUUUUCCUCUGUGACCUGACCGAAUGUUUGCUCAUUGGUUACAGAAAAACACAGAAAGGAUGCCAUUCUUGUACAUUGUGUAUAUUCUGUAUGUAGAUUAAAGAUAUUAUGGUUAUACCAUAAAGAACAUUUUUGUAUUUAACUUGAAAAUGUGUUUUUGACUUUGUUUUGUCAGCAUUAAUAUACAGAAAUUUAAAGAUUCUAUGGUUAUUUUGUUGUGUUGUGGCAAAUGCUUUUCUGCUUGGAAUGUUUUAUUUUUGAUACAUCUGCUUUUGUCCUGAUCUGAUUAGACACUUGAGACUGUGGUUCCUUAUGUAAUAUAGCCCCCUUUUUCCAUUUUAGUUCUGAUCGUUUUCAUGGCAGGUUUUGAUAAAAAUAAAUAAAUAAUAUUACUUUUAUUAAAAUA